UAUAACUCGGAGGAAGUAACGACAAAAGCUGUCAAGCUACAUGUUUAUGAUGUUACAAUGAGUGGACGAGAAGUAGGUUCAGGGACCUCCGCUACUCUAACCUGUGUAAUAACAGGAGUUACUGAAGCUCUUACUGUGACUUGGUUAAAGAGUAAUGGAGACGAGAUCAGCACUGGAGGAGGAUUUACUGUUACUCCUGGAUCAGUAACAAAUGGGAAUCAGGACGCAACACUAGUGGUAGGAGGAUCACAAACCACACAAGACACUAUCUACACUUGCAGAGUCCAGUCCAGUCAACACCCCCAGUCAGCACCAGUUGAAGUAACAGCCCCGCUCAACGUAUACGAGGUUGAAUCAGUGAAUAAAGAAGCGAAGAAGGGCUCUGAUACAACCAUAUCCUGUGUUAUCACUGGAUUGACAGAAACAGCAACAGUGACCUGGCGAACUAGUACAGGAGCAGUUCCAGCUGAAAAGUUCAACCCUCUCCAAGGAAGCCAUUCUGGAGGGACACAAACAUCAACUCUUGAAGUAGACGGAAGUCUUGUGAAUGAAGAUACUGCCUACACAUGCAGAGUCACUUCCGGAUCUUUGCCCGAUUCCAGCCACUCAGAUACCACCGUCAAUCUUAACGUUUAUGAGGUUGAAUCAGUGAAUAAAGAAGCGAAGAAGGGCUCUGAUACAACCAUAUCCUGUGUUAUCACUGGCAUAACAGAUACAGCAACAGUGACCUGGCAAACUAGUACAGGAGCAGUUCCAGCUGAAAAGUUCAAUCCUGUCCAAGGAAGCCAUUCUGGAGGGACACAAACAUCAACUCUUGAAGUAGACGGAAGUCUUGUGAAUGAAGAUACUGCCUACACAUGCAGAGUCACUUCCGGAUCUUUGCCCGAUUCCAGCCACUCAGAUACCACCGUCAAUCUUAACGUUUAUGAGGUUGAAUCAGUGAAUAAAGAAGCGAAGAAGGGCUCUGAUACAACCAUAUCCUGUGUUAUCACUGGCAUAACAGAUACAGCAACAGUGACCUGGCAAACUAGUACAGGAGCAGUUCCAGCUGAAAAGUUCAAUCCUGUCCAAGGAAGCCAUUCUGGAGGGACACAAACAUCAACUCUUGAAGUAGACGGAAGUCUUGUGAAUGAAGAUACUGCCUACACAUGCAGAGUCACUUCCGGAUCUUUGCCCGAUUCCAGCCACUCAGAUACCACCGUCAAUCUUAACGUUUAUGAGGUUGAAUCAGUGAAUAAAGAAGCGAAGAAGGGCUCUGAUACAACCAUAUCCUGUGUUAUCACUGGCAUAACAGAUACAGCAACAGUGACCUGGCAAACUAGUACAGGAGCAGUUCCAGCUGAAAAGUUCAAUCCUGUCCAAGGAAGCCAUUCUGGAGGGACACAAACAUCAACUCUUGAAGUAGACGGAAGUCUUGUGAAUGAAGAUACUGCCUACACAUGCAGAGUCACUUCCGGAUCUUUGCCCGAUUCCAGCCACUCAGAUACCACCGUCAAUCUUAACGUUUAUGAGGUUGAAUCAGUGAAUAAAGAAGCGAAGAAGGGCUCUGAUACAACCAUAUCCUGUGUUAUCACUGGCAUAACAGAUACAGCAACAGUGACCUGGCAAACUAGUACAGGAGCAGUUCCAGCUGAAAAGUUCAAUCCUGUCCAAGGAAGCCAUUCUGGAGGGACACAAACAUCAACUCUUGAAGUAGACGGAAGUCUUGUGAAUGAAGAUACUGCCUACACAUGCAGAGUCACUUCCGGAUCUUUGCCCGAUUCCAGCCACUCAGAUACCACCGUCAAUCUUAACGUUUAUGAGGUUGAAUCAGUGAAUAAAGAAGCGAAGAAGGGCUCUGAUACAACCAUAUCCUGUGUUAUCACUGGCAUAACAGAUACAGCAACAGUGACCUGGCAAACUAGUACAGGAGCAGUUCCAGCUGAAAAGUUCAAUCCUGUCCAAGGAAGCCAUUCUGGAGGGACACAAACAUCAACUCUUGAAGUAGACGGAAGUCUUGUGAAUGAAGAUACUGCCUACACAUGCAGAGUCACUUCCGGAUCUUUGCCCGAUUCCAGCCACUCAGAUACCACCGUCAAUCUUAACGUUUAUGAGGUUGAAUCAGUGAAUAAAGAAGCGAAGAAGGGCUCUGAUACAACCAUAUCCUGUGUUAUCACUGGCAUAACAGAUACAGCAACAGUGACCUGGCAAACUAGUACAGGAGCAGUUCCAGCUGAAAAGUUCAAUCCUGUCCAAGGAAGCCAUUCUGGAGGGACACAAACAUCAACUCUUGAAGUAGACGGAAGUCUUGUGAAUGAAGAUACUGCCUACACAUGCAGAGUCACUUCCGGAUCUUUGCCCGAUUCCAGCCACUCAGAUACCACCGUCAAUCUUAACGUUUAUGAGGUUGAAUCAGUGAAUAAAGAAGCGAAGAAGGGCUCUGAUACAACCAUAUCCUGUGUUAUCACUGGCAUAACAGAUACAGCAACAGUGACCUGGCAAACUAGUACAGGAGCAGUUCCAGCUGAAAAGUUCAAUCCUGUCCAAGGAAGCCAUUCUGGAGGGACACAAACAUCAACUCUUGAAGUAGACGGAAGUCUUGUGAAUGAAGAUACUGCCUACACAUGCAGAGUCACUUCCGGAUCUUUGCCCGAUUCCAGCCACUCAGAUACCACCGUCAAUCUUAACGUUUAUGAGGUUGAAUCAGUGAAUAAAGAAGCGAAGAAGGGCUCUGAUACAACCAUAUCCUGUGUUAUCACUGGCAUAACAGAUACAGCAACAGUGACCUGGCAAACUAGUACAGGAGCAGUUCCAGCUGAAAAGUUCAAUCCUGUCCAAGGAAGCCAUUCUGGAGGGACACAAACAUCAACUCUUGAAGUAGACGGAAGUCUUGUGAAUGAAGAUACUGCCUACACAUGCAGAGUCACUUCCGGAUCUUUGCCCGAUUCCAGCCACUCAGAUACCACCGUCAAUCUUAACGUUUAUGAGGUUGAAUCAGUGAAUAAAGAAGCGAAGAAGGGCUCUGAUACAACCAUAUCCUGUGUUAUCACUGGCAUAACAGAUACAGCAACAGUGACCUGGCAAACUAGUACAGGAGCAGUUCCAGCUGAAAAGUUCAAUCCUGUCCAAGGAAGCCAUUCUGGAGGGACACAAACAUCAACUCUUGAAGUAGACGGAAGUCUUGUGAAUGAAGAUACUGCCUACACAUGCAGAGUCACUUCCGGAUCUUUGCCCGAUUCCAGCCACUCAGAUACCACCGUCAAUCUUAACGUUUAUGAGUUUGAAGGUCAAAAUAAAGAGAUACACCGCGGCUCUACUGUUACACUUACCUGCAUGUUAUCAGAAACUGAUCUUAUCGGAACUAUUACUUGGACUAGCAAUAACAAUGGGGCAAUUGGAUUGAACAGUGCUCUAUAUUCGGUAUCCAGUAACACUGAGAACAGCUUACAAUCCUCAGCUCUCUCAAUACAGAGCUCGGGUACAACAGAGUCUGAUAUACUAACAUGUAUAGUAAAGUUCAGCGUAUCACGCGCAGUAGCUGCAACAGUACCUUUACAGCUACAUGUUUAUGAUGUGGAGGCGUCUAGUAUGGUCCUGGUACAAGCCCUGUCCCCCACCCAGCUGUAUUGUAAUGUCUCUAAUCUGGACCCGGACAGUUCAGCUGUUGUUUGGUGGAAACGGAGCAGCGAUAACCAGGAAUUUAAGGACGAAGAAGGAAACAAUGUAGUGACUGGUGCACCAGAUAAUUCCAAUCAAGUAAACUAUCUUAGUCUAGAUUCCACGAUGACUAAGAUUGAUGAUGUUUUUACUUGUUUGGUUGAAGUUACUGAAGGAGAAACUGCUCAGUUUGAAGUUGUCUUAAAUACAUUCACGGUUACCCCUAUGGAGGAGCACUCCCACAAGAAGGAGCCUGCUACGUUGUCCUGUGUUAUAAAAGGAGCAGGGGAACAGUUACUAGUGCAGUGGGCUGAUAGUCAGGACAAUAACUUGGAGAAGGAGGGAGGAUACGAAAUAAAGCAAGGUACCUUCAGUCAGGACUCCCAAACCUCCGAACUGACAAUAAGUGGAGAGCACACUGGAGAUGAUGGAGAGUACAAGUGUCUUGUGUCCUCUGAUGGAGAAGAAUCUUUCUACUCUCACUCUGUUCCUCUCAAUGUGCUCGGUAGGCCGAGAUACUACAAAGACGCCUACAAGGGAACAGAAACCACCCUGACUUGCGGAGAUACCCAGGCUAUCAGCCACAGCUACUGUCACGUGGAUGAAGGAUGUUCUUUCUUCGGGGGCAGGCGAGGGACUUCGAGCAUGGUCCACUGGAUAUGUGUCACUAUCUGA